UGCACAUUUCUGUGUGGGCAUUCUGUGCAGAUAAAAUAUUUUAUUUCUGCAAGGAAGCAUCAUAAUACGUCCACAAUAUAGACACAUACAGCUUAAAGGUAAAGAUAGAGCUGCAUGUAGUGUUUCGUCCUCACAGCUCCAGGGUUCCUGAGUUCAUGUGGAGUUUUCCUUGCCUCCAUGUGGUUUUCAUCCGGGUUCUCCCUUUUCAAAAACCUCCCCAAAACAUACCAGUAGGUGGAUUGGCUAAGAUAAAUUGCCCAAGUGGUGUGAAUGAAUGUGCGAUUGUGUGUAUGCAUAAUGCAUUUGAUGAUCUGGUGUCCGAUCCAGGAUAUAUUCCUGCCUCGUUCCCAGGUUUUCCCAGGGUAGACUCUCGGUCAGAAUCGGAAUAAAGAACUUACUGAAGAUAAACGAUUUAAUGACACUGCUUCCAUCCUGAUUAAAAUUCAAAUACAUACUUCAAUAGAACGUGAUGAAUCCUAGAGUGAUGGGUACAAAAAUAUUCGCCCCCUCCCGCUUGAUUGUAAUUCGUGUAGAAACAAAAAAUAGUCACAGAAACAGUUUCAGUGCGCCUUGGUGUCGAUUUCAAAGCGCGGCUCGGUUUGGAAAGCGUCCGUCCAAUCUGGCAACCCCGCUCCUCCUCUUCCUCCUCUUCCUCCUCCUCCUUCUUCUCUUUAUUUGAUGAAAGCUUUCAACUCAGAGCGCUUGCACUUUUCGCGACGACGCGAUUGACGCUGCGUUCCCUGGAACUUGGGAGAAUAGUUCAUUGCUAACUACCAAGAGAAAAAAGAAGGACUGAACACGGAGUGCACGGAGAGAGAAAUACAGAAUAGUGUUUUCAGCGAUGCGGAGAAGGAACGGAUUCGCUCUGCUUUGGCACGGGCUUUCCUGCGCCCUAUUUUUGCUCUGUAUCGGGAUGCUGGUCGAGGCGGACAUAAGUUGCCGGUUUUGUCAGCCGGUGGGAAAGUGGCGCCCGAGGCAGCUUCAGCUCAACAUGGACGCUCCGAUUACUGCAACAGGCGAAGUUUUAGGACGCGGACAGGUUUUCAACGUUGAGCACGACUGCACAACUGAGCCCGAGGCUGAAUCUCUGGGUUUCUCAAGGCGCAGACGGAAUACUCGCGCGCAAGAGCCACUGGUGACAGCGCGCGGUAUCCGGAAGUCCAGUUUAACCCGCAACGAAGCGCCGGACGAACCCUACACACACAGCGCGCGCCGUGGUGCGAUCCUUCCAGCGCGUAAGAAACAACGCGCGCGCAGAAUGCGCAGGGACGCACCAGGAUCCCGGGAUGAUCCUAAAUCCCGACUUCAACUCACCAGCUCCACGUUCGCUCUGAGCGGAGACUCGGCUCACAACCAAGCCAUGGUGCACUGGUCCGGCCAGAACAGCAGCGUAAUUCUCAUGCUGACCAAGCUGUAUGACUUCAACCUUGGCAGUGUCACUGAGAGCUCCCUGUGGAGGUCAACUGACUACGGAACUACUUACAAGAAGCUUAAUGAGAAAGUCGGGGUGAAAACCAUACUUAGUUACUUGUAUGUCAGCCCAAAUAACAAGCGAAAGAUCAUGCUGCUGACAGACCCAGAGGUGGAGAACAGUCUGCUGAUCAGCACGGAUGAAGGCGCCACAUAUCAGAAAUACCGCCUUGGCUUCUAUGUACUCAGCCUGCUUUUCCAUCCCGAGCAGGAGGAUUGGAUUCUUGCCUACAGCCAUGAUCAGAAGCUUUACAGCUCAGUUGAGUUUGGACGACGGUGGCAGCUGGUUCAUGAAAGGGUUGCGCCAAAUCGAUUCUACUGGUCCAAAAUGGGUCUGGAUAAAGAACCUGGGCUGAUUCACUUGGAGACUACCAUUUCAGAGACACAGGCUCUGUACAUCACCUGCAAGCUGCAGAACUGUACGGAGGCCAACAAGGGCAAACCUUUCCCCGGCUACAUCGACCCCAAUUCUCUGGUGGUGCAGGACGAGUAUGUGUUUGUGCAGGUGUCAACAGGCGGUCGGCCAAUCUACUAUGUGUCAUCAAGGCGAGACCUGUUCACACCAAUGAAGCUUCCCAAAUAUACGCUUCCAAAGGACUUGCAUGUGAUCAGUACAGAUGAAAACCGGGUGGUGGCAGCGGUUCAGGAGUGGAAUCAGAAUGACACCUAUAACCUAUACGUCUCAGAGUCCAGAGGAGUGUACUACACACUCGCCUUGGAGAACGUAAUGAGCAGCAUGGGACCUGAGGGCAACGUCAUGAUUGAUCUAUAUGAGGUAGCAGGAAUUAAAGGUAUGUUUUUGGCCAACAAGAAAUUAGAUGACCAAGUGAAGACAUACAUCACGUACAAUAAAGGCAGAGACUGGAGACUGCUGCAGGCACCCUCUACUGAUCUACAAGGGAACAGCAUCAGCUGCAUAUUGCCAUACUGUUCCUUGCAUUUGCAACUCCAUGUGUCAGCAAACCCUUAUACAUCUGGAAAUAUUGCCAGCAAAGAGUCAGCACCAGGAAUCAUAGUGGCAUCAGGUUCCAUAGGUGCAGAGUUGUCUAGCAAUAACAUUAGCAUAUUCAUCACAUCUGAUGCUGGAAACACAUGGAGGCAGAUAUUUGAUGAGGAAUUCAGCAUCCUAUACCUGGACCAAGGAGGUGCACUUGUGGCUAUCCGACACACUCCUCUCCCUAUCAGACACUUAUGGUUGAGUUUCGAUGAGGGCCGGGUAUGGAAUAAAUACAGCUUUACAUCUUCGCCGCUGUUUGUAGAUGGUGUUUUGGGUGAUCCGGGGGAAGAGACACUUAUUAUGACAAUUUUCGGGCACGUCAGUCAUCGGUCCGAAUGGCAGCUGGUGAAGAUUGACUUCAGGUCUAUUUUUAACAGGCGAUGCACUGAGGCAGACUAUCAGACUUGGCACCUCCAUAACCAGGGUGAGCCUUGCCUUAUGGGUGUGAAAAGAAUCUAUCGGAAGCUGAAGCCAAUGGCCAAGUGUGUUAUGGGUAAGACCCACUCCGUCACCGUGACUUCAGAUCCCUGUGAAUGCACUGAGUCUGAUUUUGAAUGUGAUUAUGGCUAUGAACGGAGAACAGAUGGGCGAUGUACACCAGCAUUUUGGUUUCAUCCCUCUUCCAUGUCCAGGAGCUGCAUUACAGGCCACAGUUUCCUCAACAGUACUGGCUACAGAAAGGUGGUGUCUAAUAAUUGCACGGGUGGUGUGGUGGAUUUGUACAUGGCCCGUAGGCGCCCAUGCCCCAGCCAGGCCCCUAAAGGCCUCCAUCUGGUCACCAGCGAGGGGAAACUCACAGCCACACUGGGCCACAAUGUCACCUUCCUCGUUUUCCUAGAGCAGGGUGAUGGAUCAAGGACAAGCAUCACAGUGGACUUCGGCGACGGCCAUGCCAUCACAUACUCCAACGUGAGCUCCAUCGAGGAUGGGAUCAAACACAUCUACAAAACUGUGGGAAUAUACAGAGUGACUGCUACAGCUGAGAACAGCCUGGGGUUUGAGACGGCGGUUCUUUUCUUACAUGUUACAUGUCAGCUGGAGUAUAUCCAUCUCUCUGCGCCGUUUGUGGCGGUGAAAAAUAAGGAAGUCAACCUGACAGUGGUUCUAUGGCCGAGCCAAGUGGGAACUGUCACCUACAUCUGGUGGUUUGGGAACAACUCAGAGCCAAUAAUCACACUGGAGGGGAGUGUGGCUUUCACUUUCCCUCGGGAAGGAAUAAAUGUUGUCACUGUGCAGGUGGUAGCCGGGAGCACUAUUCAGCAAGACAGGAAAACCAUCGCAGUCCAUGAAUAUUUCAGGUCUCAUCUUUUAGCCUUUUCCUCCAAUUUGGAUGAGCACAACCCUGACGUGGCAGAAUGGAGGCUGGAUGUUAGCAGAGUCAUCAAAAACUCCAUGGUCCACGUGACUGGAGUGAAUCCAGAGCAUCUGUUGGUCACUGUUUUGCCAGGACUGCCCACUGCCGCUGAAUUCUUCCUGCUCCCGGAUAAAGAGCUAACAGAGGGCAAAGCGGACAAAAUAAUAACACAUUUAGACCAGCUCUCAGAGUUGGUUUUGAAUGCGCUGAACCAGAACCAGGUUCAGUUCACAUUAAGACCAGGAGUUCAGAUCACAGUCUACGCUGCACAUUUAUCUGCAGCUCCCCUAGUGGACACCAGUGAGAAUCACAGCAGCUCAGCCAUGCUCAUGCUUCUCUCAGUGGUAGUAGUGGGUUUAGCAGUGUUCCUCAUCUAUAAAUUCAAAAGGAAGAUCCCAGGCCUCCACCUCUAUGCAGCGAUGCAGAACGAAAAAGAGCAAGAAAUGAUCCGGAGCCCAGCGAGCCCGAUAGAGAGCGAGCCGAGCAGCAGCUCUCAGAGAGAGCUUCCCACCUCGCCGGAGUCUCUGGACACAGAGUUCAACGUCAAUACCAUUGAAUGCAUUAAACCUCAUCCACGUGUCAGAAUUUCAACAGAACCUCCUGUCUACAUCGACGUCUGACUUUUCCAGACCGCCACUGCAAAGGGACAUUGACCAUCCAAUCACAAAAAGGUUUUAAGCUUUAUACCUGUGCAUGUUGGACAUUGACACGUUACUGUGCUUUGUGAAUACCAGACAAAAACUGUGUACAGGUUUUUUAUACGUAUGUCGAAUAAGAGAAAAUUUUUAAUGAUGUUUAUUUAUAAGAAAUGAUCAGUACAUACACAAUCAUACAGAAAGGCCAGCAUGUAUUAUAAUAAAAAAGGGUGGAAAAAAAGCAAAGAAAAAUAAUGCUUUUACAUCCAUUUACUUUACUGUAUUACUUUACAAUGAAUUGGUAUAAUGAAGUGGUAAAUAUUUAUCUGUCUGUCAGUAUAUUCAAUACAAAUGCGAGAGAUUUAAAUUCAAUUUAAUUUGAUUACAAUUAUAAUUUAUGGUACAUUCUGCACAUGGUACAUUAAGACCUACAUUUUGUAUAGAACCUUAUCCAACAUAUAAACUUUUCAAUAUUGAUAUUAUUAUUAUUAUUAUUAUUAUUAUUAUUAUUAUUAUCAUCAGCCUUUCUUUCUAUAUUUAGAUUCAAUAUGGUUCAAGAUUUGGAUCAAAUUGGAAUAAAGUUGUAGAGUUGAAAAGAAUUAUUAUUUUUUAACUAAACACUGUACAUAAGACUAUGCACUCCCUAAGAGAGCAUGAAAUAUCAUUAUGCACAACAUAUUUAUUUUUCAAAACCCAAAUUUACUGCAUUUCAUUACUGAUCUUUUUAAAUAUUAGUUUCCUUUUCUCUUAAAUUUUUCUCAGAUCUUCAGUAAAAUAGUGAAAUGCUGAAAUGCAAAAAUUCACAAUCCCAUUCAACAGAAUAAUAUGAAUCAUGCACUUUUUCAUUAUUGCUUUCAGUUCACACCAAAAGGGAAAUUUACACUAUAUUUGAGUAUAUAGUGAGUAUAUGUGUAUUAAUAUUUAAUAUUAGGAUACAUUCCUCUUGCUUCUAAGCAGUAUAUUAAUAUACUGCUUAUUAUUAUUAUUAUUAUUAUUAUUAUUAUUUUGUAAUGGUAGUAAUAUUCCCCAUUUUUGUUAAGAAUUUACGUGUGUAUGGUGAACAUGGAAAAGGAUUUUAUAUCAAAGUAAUUUGAUAUUAAUGAACUUUUUCACCUCAGUGUAAAUCUCUGAUUUUGUCUUGUUUCAGCAAUGUACUGUUAUACAGACUGUGUUAGAAAUAACAGUGUAAUAUCUUAGCAUCAUAAAUUAUCUUACUAUAGGUCUAUACCAGUUUUCAGUGUACUUUAACAGUAGAAUAAAAAAAAAGAUUUCUUGUUUUUUUUCCUGUCUCUCUUGGAGUGCUUUAAAACCACUCAAAAAUUAAUUACCACUUCUUUCUCUAAUUCUAUAAACCGAUGAAUGUAAGUGGAUAACAUUUUUAUUACUGAACGGAGUUCAAACGGGCUGCAUGUUUAGAAAAGAAUUUAUGUUAUUUCCUUUAGUUUUUUGUUAAUUCCAUUACAUCCUGGAUCUUGGAAUAGAACAUAAUGCCAUCAUGUAUAAAAGCUAUGUGAUCUGAUUGUCUUUAACAGGAGCUGUAGGACAAUGACACUCAUAAUAAGCUUGUGAGAUAGUUAUCCUACGUAUUGAUGAAAUGCCUGAAAGGUAAAAGGCCAUGCAAGAAACACCAGCAAACGGAUACUAAUCUGAGCCACACGCACAUUACAGACAACAGCAUAUGUUUAAUACUGUUUUGUAAUACUCCGUUUCAUUUAUUGAUUUGCCUUCAUUUGAGAAAAUGGUUUGACCCACAUUUUAAGGUCAUUUAAACAGAUAACAUCACAAAAGCUAAGCUUAUGUUUUACCCAAAAAAAAAAAAAAAAAAAAAAAAAUGCUAAAUCCAGCCAACUACAAUGUCUCUUGAUUUGCAAAAAAAAAACCCAAAAAACAAACACAUUUUUGGAGUUCUAAUGAAUGAGGGAUAUUUGUUUUAUUUCAUAUGAAUGACGUAUGAAAGGGUGCAACAGCUCAUCAAACCCAUAACAGUAACUGAUCAUAUGGUUUUUAACGGUUUUUAUUUAUUGCAAAUCAAAAUAAGCUUAUUCAUUUUUUUUUUACUCAUAUCAGAACUUAUUAUAUCAGAAUCUAUUUUUUGUAUUAUAAUUUUUAUUACAGGUUUUUGUAUUUGUGUGCAAAUGAGAGUGUAGAUCAUUAAAUAGGCAAUGUUUAUUUGUUUAUUAGUGGGGUUUUUUCUGUUAUGUACCCACAUUUUGGAAAUAUUUCUGCAUGGAAUUAUAGAUCAGUCAUUCAACAUACAUUAAUCUUCAUAAAGUCCUCAUUCACAACUUCAUACAAAAUCUGUUGAAAUACUCUUAUGAUGGCAGAUAUAAGGCAGUGUUCAAUGGGAUUUGCUCACCUUUCUAGAUCCAAUCAUGGGACAGCAUACUUACUGCCCCAUUUAACUCCAUAGCAUCAUUAAUAUGCCUAGUGGUCAAAAAUUUGAACUGCAACAAGCGCUAAAAGUAGCCCACUGGGGAAGGAAUCAUGCUCACGGUAUGAACAUUUUCACUGCCAGAGGAGCAGCAGACAGGAUUGUUAAUGACAGGGUUGCCAGGCUCACAGUUUUUUUUUUUUUUUUUAUGACAAAUUGGGUUUGGCAUAAUCUCCAUGGCUGCCAAGAUUUUGAAGUAGAAGGUUCUUCUUGUUUUACAGCAAUCUUGUUUUAUAGCAAGUAAUCUAAUAGCAUUGAAUAGGUUACCUCAAAUCAAAGGCAAAGAGUAUGUUUAGACAAUGUGUCUAUGAUAUACAGAACCAUUUCUAUAGUAAGAUAUAUUGCAAAGAGGGAUUAUAAAGAGUGGAUAACGUUUGUACAUCAGAAACAAGUGUGCAGCAUAGUGACCUUAUUUCCUACACAGUUACAAAUUUGUUGUGUUACUUUCAGGGCUUUCAUUUGGUAUAUGGGUUAUAGUUGACUGGACAUUUUGCUGAGACCUGGCAACCUUGAUUAAUAAUAUUAGCUCUACUGUGUUCAGCUCACACACUGUGACAGUACCGACAAGAAACACACCUGCUGUAUUAAACACAGUUGAGAAAGGUGCAUCUCAAAACAAGCUGCUAAACUGUAUGUUGGAUGACUGUAUGUUGUCGACUAUAAAUUCCUAUUACAGGAUUUCUCUAAAUAUCCACUAAAUAACAGCCUACAGCAUAAUUCAAUUCUGAAAGCUUCUCGACUUUGUUUGUAGUGGAAUUAGAGGUCGUGACUUUUCUUUUGCUUUCAAUCAUGUGAAAUCAAACAAAUUUUCUCUCACGCAUUACAAUACCUAAUUUAUUUUUGUAUGAGACUGCAUUGUAUAUCCACAGAUGUACAAUUCUUAAAUUUAAUUCAUUUAUUUCCAACAGAGGAACAAAGUAUAGCCUAUUGACUACAAGGAAAGUCAUAGCGUCAUACAAAUUGGCACUGCAAUUUAUGAUCAGUUUUCUAACAGGAACAGAAAACAAGAGUCCACUCCCCUCUCAAGAGGUAGCAAGAUUAUUUUUGUAGAAAACGAAAGAUUUAUUACUGUACUAAGUUUUUAUAUAAAUUAAGCAAAAUUCAUUGUAUACUGGUUUAUCUUUUUCAGUCUCAGUUAAGUGUCAUGCGAUUAUUUUUAGUUUGUUGCAUUUACAAUAAUAUUAUUCAGUGGGGUAGA